AUGAUCAACAAGGGCUUUCGUAUCUCUUUUGCCCACCUUCUCUUCUAUGUCUCCACUUUUGUAAUCACCACUCAGCUGUGGUCUGUAUGGCGACAAUCAAACACCCGCUACUUCACCGUCGGCCCACGGGACUGGCAGUGGAAUGCCAAUCUUCAUGCCAAUGUACAUACACUCAGCCAUGACCAGUGCGAUUCCGCCUUUCCCAAGCUGUACCACAGUCUUGAUGAGGCAGUCAGCCGCCGACAAGGCCGCAAGGUACAUGUGCAAGAUAUUGCAAUUCGUGAAGGCAGAUGCAUGUUGAGGCUCAUGAUAUUUGAGGGUGAAUUGUUUGUUAUAGAUGCCGGGAAGCCCGAACAAUGCUAUGUCACAAACGGCAACGAGCGUGAACGCAUACUGGGCACCCUUGCACAGAUCGACCGCGCUCUCACUACCCUUCCCACUUCCGACCCAGCUGUGCCGAACAUCGAGUUCUCUCUGUCACUCGACGAUCUGCCCCGAAGAUCCAAGGAUCACGGAGUCUUCUUCGGCUACACUCGCAAGGAGGGACGUGAGUACAAUGAUAUCUGGAUGAUGCCCAACUACGCAUACUGGUCGUGGAACUACACCCACGCACCGAGUUGGAACAGCAUUCGCCGAGAGAUUGAGCAAAGAGAGGCCGAAAUUCCGUGGGCGAUGAAGGACAGUCGAGUGGUGUGGAGAGGCAAGGUGAAAAUGGCCAAGUUGAGGUCGGAGCUCGUGCGCGUUAGUGAAGGGAAGGCAUGGAGUGAUAUCAAACCUGUGGUCAUCAACAAUGCCUCAGACCCACAUACAAAGGAUGUCAUGAAUCUGCGUGAAUUCUGCGGCUAUAAGUACACCAUACAAACCGAGGGAACAUCGUACUCUGGGCGCCUCAAGUAUCUACAGCUGUGUCGCUCCGCAUUGAUCACCCAUCCUCUUGAAUGGCAAGAGUUUCAUACGCACCUCAUGCGCCUCGCUGGGCCAGAUGCAAACUAUAUUGAAGCCUCAGAAAAUUUUGGAAAUCUGGAAUCGGCCAUGGAGUACUACCACGCCCACGAUAACGAAGCUGAGGAGAUUGCGAGGAAUAGUCACGAGACCUUUGCGCGACGAUAUUUGACACCCGCUGCAGUCACUUGCUAUUGGAGACGGCUGUUCUGGUCUUGGGCAUCAGUGCAAGGCUACGAGCCUCAACUAUACAUUACGGACGACAAGGGCAAUAAAGUUAUGCGAGGAACGCCAUGGUCAGCGUUUGCAGCCAAUUGGCCCAAGGAUCCUUCAAUCAUUCCAUGA